CUCCAAACGGACAUCCGCCUCUCAUUCUCCGUCUCCUCUCCCCAACUCCUCGCCUCGCCAUGGCGCCACCUCCCCUGCACCUCUUCUCCCCGUCCCCGCGGCCGCCGUCGCCGACCCCGCCGCCGUGGCUCCACGGCCCGCAUGUCCCCUCGACGUCCGUCUCCCCGCCGGACCCCGCCACCGAGGCCCCUCCGGCUCCGAAGCAGCACCGUGGGCCCAGACCGGCGCCAAGAAACCCCGGCUCCGCCAAGCCCCUCACCGCCGGCGUCCCCGGCGGCCGCACCCGCCGCGCGGUCCUCGGAAUCAUCCGCAAGGUCCGCUCCCUCGAGCUCUCCGACCCGCGCACACCCAGCCCCAAUGGUGGUGGUGGUAGUAGUAGCAGUAGCACCGCGACCGCGCGCGUCCCCUUCCACCUCCCGAUACAUCCGCCGCCGCCGGAGCGGGAGGAGGAGGAGGAGAAGAAGGGGAUUCGCAGGGCGGUGCCGUGGGCCGCGGCGAGGGACGAGGAGACCAAGGUGGUGCUGCGGCGGGAGAAGAAGACGCGGGUGCCGACGCGCGCGGAGACGGAGCUGGAGGCCGGCGAGCUGGAGCGGCUGCGGCGGGCGGCGCGGGGGAAGGAGCGGUGGGCGCGGGCCAAGAAGGCCGGGAUCACCGACGAGGUGGUGGAGGAGGUGCGGGGGCAGUGGGCGAAGGGCCAGGAGCUCGCCGGCGUGAGGAUCGUGGAGCCGCUCCGGCGAUGCAUGGACCGGGCAAGGGAGAUUCUUGAGAUUAAAACAGGAGGCUUAGUUGUUUGGACAAGAGGGGGCAUACAUUUUGUGUACAGAGGAAGCAGUUACCUAGAAAACGCAAAGCGGCAUCGUGACUUUGUUAAUUAUAAUGAGGAACUUUCCCCAGUAACAUCUAACAAUCCUACAUCCCAAGGGAAAUAUUGGAGUAAAGAUGAAACUUUAACCAAUGAUAAUGAUGAAGCUGAUGAUAAGGACGACAAACCUAUCAAGGGAACACUAUAUGAAAGAGAAGUCAACAGACUACUGGACAGUUUGGGCCCUCGAUUUAUCGAUUGGUGGUGGAACACACCAUUGCCUGUUGAUGCUGAUCUCCUUCCUGAGGUUGUCCCUGACUUCAAGACUCCAUUUAGACAAUGCCCUCCUGGUGUGAGACCAGCACUAGCAGAUGAGGAGCUGACCUACCUGCGGAAGCAUGCACGGCCUUUGCCAACACAUUUUGUCCUAGGUAGAAAUACAAAACUGCAGGGUUUGGCUGCUGCUAUACUAAAGCUUUGGGAAAAGAGCCUUAUAGCGAAGGUUGCAGUGAAAGUGGGUAUCCAAAAUACCAAUCAUGAACAGAUGGCCAGAAAUCUUAAGCGUCUUACAGGAGGAACUGUCAUAUUGAGGAACAAGGAUUAUAUUAUUAUAUAUAGAGGCAAAGAUUUUCUUCCCGGUGGCGUUGCUGAAUCAGUUAUUGAACGGGAGUCUCAGGUACAUGACCAGCAGGCGAAAGAAGAGGAGGCUCGAUUAAAGAUGGCUGACUCACUUCAAAUGAUUGUUGGACUAUCAUCGGAGAGAAGUUAUGUGGGAACUUUCAGAGAGUAUCAGGAUUUCCAUGAUAGCCAUGCACGUAGAACAACUGAAAACAACUUCAGAAUUCAACUAGAGGCAAAGAAGCAUCGAUUGGAAAAGGAACUGAAAGACCAGGAAUGGAGACUUUCCAUGCUUACCAAGAAGAUUGAAAGAUCAAACCAAGUGCUGGCAAAGCUUCAUAGUUCUUGGAGCCCUUCAAAGAAAGAUGGAGACAGAGAACUCUUGACAGAGGAGGAAAGGAGGAUAUUCCGAAAAAUUGGCCUAAAAAUGGAUGAACAUGUGCUGCUUGGGAGACGUGGUGUCUUUGAAGGCGUAAUUGAAGAGAUUCAUCAACACUGGAAACAUAAAGAGGUUGUGAAAGUAAUUACCAAGCAGAACCAAGCCAGCCAGAUCACGUACACAUCUAUGAUGCUUGAGGUUGAGACAGGAGGCACAUUAAUAGCAAUAGAGAGGUUCACUACCAGCCAUGCCAUAAUACUUUACCGAGGAAAGAAUUAUCGUCGGCCAACAAAAUCAGCACCCAGUAAUCUCCUGACAAAAAGAGAAGCAUUACAAAGAUCAAUUGAGGUUCAGCGACGAGGGUCAAUGAAAUACUUCGCUCAGGAGAGGAAAAAGUCCAUUGAUGAAUUGAAGAGAGAACUGAGGAAUGUGACAUGGGAAAUCAGGAAGCUAAACCAUGAUACUGAACAGUCUUGGACAGCAUGAUCGCUAUCAACAUUGAAGAUUGGAAUAACGAUUCAUCCUCUCUUUUUUUUUUCGUUUUUAACAUGAUAACUACAAAGAACAAAGUACACAGAGGCCACUAGAUCUGGUAGGUAUGGUAGAUAUGGCCACAAUGAAUUAUCUUGCAAGUGUGAAGAUGUUUUUUUUUUUGUUUAUGUACAUGUGAUACACUAAAGCACAUGAGAGCAGAAUCAUUCAAUUUGGCUCUGAUACUACGACGAAAUACGAACUGAUUACUGGGUGUUGAUUAAA